CCUAUUUUACUGACAGACAUUUUACCGAAUUUACAGCAAUAUAAAUUCGGCAAAAUGUCUGUCAGCAAAAAAGAAAUUUGGCAAAAUAUUUUCAAAGAAAUAGCAUAUCAGGAAAAUGUACAAUCGAAAAAAUGGUAUGUUGGUGAAAUAAGUUUUCGAAUAAGUAGACUUAUGAAAAUAGGGAUUAGCUGCUAA